GUCCAUUGAAGUGAUUGGGUUUGACAGUCCUGCUGUCAAACCCAGAUAUAUAAUAUCACCUGUUAUGGAGUUAUAUAUUUAUGACAUCAGAUGGGAGUUUCAAAAUAAAAGUACGCCGUCUUCAGACUUCUUCUCUGUGGUUUCUCACCAACUCUCACCAUCUGCCUCCUCAGAGGGAAAUGAAAAUACAGGACAACCGUCUGGCCCGUCAGCUGAUCCGUUUGCGUGUGGAGAUCCAUCGUCUGAAAGUGGAGCAGGUGUGCGACCGCCACAAAGAGAUGCUGGACGACGCGUCCUACGAGCUGGAGGAGUGUGAGGAGGAGUCCGACCUGCUGUGUGACAUCCCCAUGAAGGCGGCCUUUGCCCUGUCCACCCCGCUGAAACACCUGGGCCUCACCAAGAUGAACAUCAACUCCAGACGCUUCUCGCUCUGUUAGAGUCUGAACGUCAACUUCAGGCUGUUCCCAUCACUCCCUCUGUGGCUCUUCACAACUAUUAUUAUUAUUAUGUUAUUUCCUCCUGUGAAGAUUAUUUUUCCGAGCCGGUGCCAGAGGGGAAGGAGGUUCGCCAGCUUCUGCUGCCAGCAGUGAAAAAAUGAGAAACGCUUAUUUGAUGAGCACAAUGGUUUGAUGUGAAUGAGGAAGCUUUUGUGUGCAGACCUGUUCGAGCAAACACCCUGAUGUUAGCGAUAACACGCCUUCCUGCUGGAUGGACUGCGAUACUGUGACGCUGACGGCAGGUCACGCAGUAGUUUGGGUUUUUGAAAUGAAGUAUCGAUGUGCAGUAAACGGACAUGUCCGAUAAUAACUCUUUGCCGAUAUUGU